AUGAUACUAAUUUAUAUUUUAUUAUUAAUUAUAGCUAAUUUAGUUUUUGGAGACUUAAUUGAUUUUGCCUAUGGUCCAUGUGUUGGAGGACAAUGUAUAGAAAGUAAUAAUGAAACUUUUACAUAUAUUUGUCAUACAGAUGAUAAUUGUUAUCCUAAUUAUAUUUUUCAAUUAGAUAAAUAUUACUCUUCAGGACCUUGUAUCUUAGAUACAUGUCCACCUUCUACUUUUUGUUAUACUGAUAAUUUAUGUUAUUAUAAUAUUUUACAUAAUUGUUCUAACCAAGAAGAAUGUCCAAAUGGAUAUGAAUGCAAAGAUACAGUAUGUAAAUCUCUUUUUUCAAAUGACAAUGAACCAAUUAAUAUAGAAUUCUCUAAAAAAUUUUUAAAAUAUUUUAAGAAAAAUGAAAUUAUAAGUAGUUGUUAUAAUACACAAUGUCCUGAUGGUUAUAUUUGUGUUGAUAAAAAUAAAUUUCCAAUGUGCCUACCAAAAAAACAAGUAGAAUAUUAUUUGACUUAUCAAUGUAUUGAUACUUUAAUUAUAAAUGGAACAAAUAAAUGUUCAAUGUAUUACAAUUUAUGUAAUAAAAUGGGAUACAAAAAAAUUCUUUAUGAAAAAUGUUCAAAAACAUGUGGUACUUGUUUAUCUUUUGAUAGCAACAUCUUUUAUAAUGAUAUUAUUUUAAAAAAUGGAAUUUUAAUUUGUGAUAAAUAUAAAUUUUUAUGCUAUGAUUAUUUAUAUCAAGAUAUUAUAAAAAAGAUAUGUCCUGAAACUUGUGGUAGAAAAAAAAUCAAAUUGCCACCAUUUAACUAA